GACGAAUAAAUAUACAACGUGUUGAUGAUGCAAUUUUGUCGCCACCAAAGAAAUGGCGAACUCUGACCUCUCCUUUUUGAGUGCGGCGUGUGAGAAGUCAGCAAGGUUUCGUUGCUCUACAUCACUACCAACAACACACGAGCAAGAUGGUCAAGAAACAGAAAAAGGCUUUGGAAAAUAUCAACUCCCGUCUUCGUCUUGUUAUGAAGAGUGGUAAAUACAACCUUGGAUAUCGACAAACACUUCGUAUGUUGAGACAAGGCAAAGCAAAACUUGUCAUCCUUGCCUCAAACUGUCCAUCUUUGAGGAAAUCUGAGAUUGAGUACUACGCCAUGCUGGCAAAAACUGGUGUCCACCAUUACACUGGAAACAACAUUGAGCUUGGCACAGCUUGUGGUAAAUACUUCAGAGUGUGUACGCUGUCUAUAACAGACCCAGGUGACAGUGACAUCAUUAGAAGCAUGCCAGCUCCUUCUGCCGGUGCAGGAACUGGUGGCGAUUAAAAUAAAAAUGUUGCUUCUA